GGUAUAUUUGAGCUUGCAAGUUGACGACGACAAACAAUGGAGUAUAAGCGAUACGAAGCUCAAUUCUCUCCAAUUAUCAGCUCUGUUUGCGUCAGAUACAUCGGAUUCUGGCAGUUAAGAUCAGACUGCCGAUAAUUCAGCCGUCAGAUUUCAAACAAUCAAGUUCUGAGAGGUGCUUUGUAGGAACUUAACAAAGGACAAAGGUUUUUUGAACUGCAGGGACAAUAUGACUUUUCCAUCUCUUCUUGAUGGAUUGGCGAGGACUGUAACGAUCAAAAGAGGUAAAAAUUGUAGAAAUGAUAGUGGGAGAGAAGCUGCAGAAGCCUUGGCAAAAGAUGCAAAGAAGAAAGAGUUGAUGUUGAGUUCAUCUGGUAACAUCAAAUCCAACAAGUCAAACAACUUUGCCUCAGUUUGCUCGAAGAGAGGUCAAAAGGGAAGUAAUCAAGACUCUGCAAUUGUGUGGGAGGAAUUUGGAUGCCAAGAGGAUAUGAUCUUUUGUGGGAUAUUCGAUGGACAUGGUCCAUGGGGACAUGUUGUUGCCAAAAGGGUGAGGGAAUCAGUGCCUUCUUCUUUGUUGUGCAAUUGGCAAGAAACCCUAAGUAAUUCAACAUCUGCUCAACCGAUUUUGGAUCGAAACCUUCACCAGUUUGAUAUUUGGAAGCAAACUUUCCUCAAGACUUACGCAGCCAUUGACAAGGAGCUCAAGCAGCAGUCUGGGAUUGAUUCUUUUCGCAGCGGUAGUACAGCUUUAACAAUUGUUAAGCAGGGCGAAAACCUUGCGGUAGCAAACGUAGGUGAUUCUCGGGCUGUGUUAGCAACUCUUUCCGAUGAUGGAAAUUUGGUACCACUUCAGCUGACCAUUGACUUCAAGCCAAAUUUGCCUGAGGAAGCUGAGCGAAUAAUUCAGUCGAAAGGGCUAGUGUUUUGCCUACAUGAUGAACCAGGAGUGUACAGGGUGUGGAUGCCGAAUGGAGAGACUCCAGGACUAGCAAUUUCAAGAGCCUUUGGUGAUUACUGCGUCAAAGAUUUCGGCUUAAUUUCUGUGCCUCAUGUAACACUAAGAGAUAUAACUAGCAAAGACCAAUUUGUCAUCCUGGCAACAGAUGGGGUAUGGGAUGUGAUCUCCAACCAAGAAGCUGUGGAAAUAGUUUCUUCAACUGGCGAAAGAGAACAAUCAGCAAAAAGACUGGUGGAAUGUGCUGCUCGUGCAUGGAAAUAUAAGAAACGAGGCAUUGCAAUGGAUGAUAUCUCUGCUGUUUGUCUCUUCUUUCACGCUUCAUCUUCGUCACCUCCACAUGUUGACACUUUGAAGCUCUCAAAACAAGCUGCUGCUGUCAUGAAUUGACCAACAAAAGCAAUGGAAAUAAUAUAUGAGUUUGUAUACAUAGAAAUACCCAUCUGGGAUAUGAGUGGAAUAAUGUUAGAACCUAUUUUCAUUACUUAUGAAAUUACUACCAAACAAACGUAUUUUAUGUAAUUACUACCAAACAAACGUAUCUUAUGUAUUGGGUUAUUUGGGUUGAUCGCAUAUUGUUUUCAAUACACUAA